UUUCACUUUUUCCCUAGGCUUUUUUUUUUUUUGGAGGGGAUUUUCCCAGCAUGGAAAUUCCUCCUUUCUUCCCUCUCCCUUCCUCUGUUUAUAUAAAGAAAGAGCCUGCAAGAGACCCUCUCAGGAUCACUUUUGCCUCUCAGAGGGAAGCCUUGACAGCCCUUUCAGGAGCAGCAGCAUCCCAUCUUCUUCCCUUUUCCAAAGCCAGGAAACCACACAAUGCCAUUCUCAGCAACAUCAGCCCUUCUCUUCCUGCUCUCACUCCAAGUUGCGAAAGCAUUUGAGAUAAAAGACAUUGCACCAGAUCAUAAAGUUGCUGCCCAGAUUGGUGACAGGUUGGUGCUAAGUUGCCGCACAACUGGCUGCCCAUCACCAGAUUUCUCUUGGAGAACCCAGAUGGACAACCCAUUAGGUGGAAUAACAAGUCGCCAAGGAAGUGACUCCUUCUUAACCUUGGCAUCGGUUGGAUUUGAACAUGAGCACAAUUAUCUCUGCAAUGCUAUUUGUGGAAACGAGAGAAGAGAAAGGAGAGUCCAGAUUGAAAUCUACUCAUUCCCCAGUGAUCCUGUUAUCGAGAUCAGUGGCCCACUUGUUCUUGGGAAACCGUCUCAAGUCAUCUGUCGUGUUCCUAAAGUAUAUCCAUCUGAACGCCUGGUGGUAUCUCUGAAGAGAGAUGGAGAAGUUCUUAAAGUUGAAGAGUUUUUUAAUGAUGAACCCACCAGAUUAGUAGAAACAAAAACUGUGAAUAUUACUUUUACUCCUACUGAGGAAGAUAUUGGAAAAGAGAUCACAUGCAUAGCUGAAUUGCCAAUAGAGGAGUUGGAGUUUGAGCCCAAGCAGAGACAGGCAAGACAUCGGCUCGAUGUGAACUUUGGUCCACAGAAUACUCAUAUCACUGCAUCUCCAGGCAACAACCUUUUGGAAGGGGAAGCAUUGAUGCUUAGCUGCGGGACUCAAAGUCAUCCACCAGCUAAGGUUGUCUGGAAGAAGCAACUGGCUAAUGAAACUAUCCAGCAUAUUGCAGAAAGUUCUACUCUCUCCAUUCCAAAUGCUCAGUUCUGGGAUUCAGGAAUCUACGUCUGCGAAACCACAAAUGCUAUAACCAAUGAAGUCGAGAACAGAACAGUGUCUAUAUCUGUACAAGGUGCCCCCAGAGACCUAGAGUUCUCCAUUCUUCCUGCUUCGACAGUACAAGAAGGGGAAAGUGUUACUCUGAAAUGUUCUGCAAAGAGCGACCCUGCUCCCAAGGUGGUUAUAAGGAGGAAAUCUGACAGUAAGACUGUGAUCCAGGGUGGAUUAGUCUAUAUCCCAAGUGUAAGCCCUGAUGAUGCAGGAGACUAUGAGUGUCAAGUGGAGAAUCAAUUUGGGGAAAAUAAAAUGACAAGAUCACUCAUUGUGCAAUAUGCGCCAAAGGGAACAAUAGUCACUGUCACCCCGUCUAACAUAAUCAAGGAAGGAGACCAUGUUACUAUGUUUUGCUUUACUGAUGCCAAUCCCACUCCAUGGUUUUCCUGGAAAAAGCUGCUAGCAGAUGGAAGUUCUCACCUCAUUUCUCAAGGUGAUGCCUUGCCUUUGAAAAACAUACGGGCUGAAGAUAUGGGACGUUAUGGGUGUGAAGUUAUUAACGAGGUUGGAAAAGACCUCAAAGCUGUGGAAUUAAUUGUUGAAGCCUUUUCAUCAACUAUUCCAACAUCAACUGCUGGACCUGAAAUAAUUACUGAAAUGGAAGAUUUCACUAUUAAGAGUACAGCUUAUAAUACUCCACAACAAGAGGCUGACCAUCUGGGAAAUAAAACUUCCCCUACCCCAAAGGACAUGCUGUUUACAUCAUACACAGAAUCCAAAAAUAAUACUAUCACAUAUGUAGUGGAUAAUUCAAAUGAUGUUAGCAAUGAUACAGAAGAUAAUAAAAUAACAAUAGCCAAAAUGGAAGAGCCAGAUUAUAUGAUUCCUACGAUCAUUGUGGUGUCCUCCUUAGCAACAGCAGCUGGUCCCAUGGCGGCAAUAUUGAUUUACUUCUUUAGGAAGACAAAGAUCAAUGGAUCCUACAGUCUUGGAAGCUCACUGAAACCAAAAGUUUAAAACAAAGAGCAUCUACACAUUGUGUGCAAUUUUACCAAGUGGGUAGUGAGAGGACUCCGUGAGUCUCUUGUCAACAACAACGCUCACUAGGGGGAUUUGGGUCAGUUUCUGGGUUGUUUCCAGAUGAGGUGUUCAUUGUGCAACCACUUUGACUCCAGACUGGAAUAUGGAAGGAGCAAGGGGAAAUAUCCUCAGUCUGCAUUUGUAGCCCUUCUCUGUUUUCCCACUUCUUCCCUCAACUUACACAGGGGGAAACAAUCUGUCAGUGAAGGAAAAACAAUAUAGCUGCACAGUGCCUUUUUGACUGGUUGCACCACAGGAACUGUUUGUCUGGAUGCACCCUAUCUCCAGGUAACCUACCUCACAGGGUUCUUGUGUGAAGAUAAAAUAGGAUGGCAAACAUAGCUGUGUCCCAAGAUCCAUGGUGAAAAGAAUGCUUUUUCAAAUGCAAUAAAGAAGUUUCACUUUUUGUAAGCUAUUCUAAGUGAGGAGGCAUGGAAAAACUGCCUGUUAAUAGCAGGAGAUAAUUUGUUUUCUGGAAGUGCCUUCACAAAAAGAAAUCCUAGAAACAUUAGGUUUUCCUUCCACGUAAAUAAUAUAUAAUUUCCUGAGCAGAGUUUAAAUUAAGUUUCACAUGUGCAAUAGCCCGGCUAAUUCUAUAUACAGAUAUUAAAUUCCACAAACAGAACAAUGGUUGUCAAAUUGUUAAAAAGCAAUAUGGUAUAUUUGUGUUAUUAUGAAAUGUUCUACAGGAUGAUUAGAGAACUCAAUGAGAUUUCUCCGUAUUCUUGCCAAACUAGUUCCCCCAGAAUUAAGCUGGUAUAAAACUGACAUAACUUCAUACUGUAGAGAGAGGUCCUGUGGUUUCAUUCCAUGUACCUCUAUAAAGUUAAGACUACAACCCUAUACUCAGUAGGGGAUGAGCCCCAUUGUACCCAGUGGGACUUAAAUCAGAAGAAAUAUGCUUAUGACCAUGUUGUGCAAUGUCCUCCAUUUAUACUAAGUGGAGAAAAUAAGAUGGUGUUAGAGUUCAGGGACAAAGAAGAGCCCUUUAAAAUAUGUGCUUUUGAUUGUAUUUUACAAAAGGAGUCAGAUAUACAUUUCACAAUCAAAUUGUCAUUUAGUUUCCACUGGAGAAAUACGUGCAUUGCCAUUUUUUAAAGUUGUCACACAUCCACCUGCAAGUUCAUGUUCUUGGUACUUUUGCUUCUUAUGCAGUAUUAUUUAAAUUUUUGUAGCAUCUGAGUUUUCAUCUAUGAAUUAAAGUACUGGUAUCUGAAUUCCCUCUGUUCCUAUCUGUAAAUCCUUGUUCCUUUGAAUGGUGGAGUAGCCAAAAUGCUUCAGUGUUAAAUUCAUAAAGAAAAGUCUUGCUUCCUAACACUUGAUUAUACCUUUGUACAAUUUUCCAGAUUUUUUAAAAACAAGAGUGUAACAGUUAUGUAGCAAGUGGGAUGGAUACAGUGAUUUAUGGUGCAAUUAUUGUUUUAUGGUAUUUUGACUGAAAUAUUUAAAAGUGUAUUAUGUUAUAUUCUUAUCGAUCUUAUUAUUUUUUGGUAAAAUAACAAGCAAUGUAAUGAGUUUCUUGAAAAGAAAUGAUAACAUUAAUGCCAGUGAAUUGCCUUUGUGUUCUUUGCAAUAAAUUAU